AUGGCAUCUCUUUCAGGAAGGCGUGGAUCAGAGCUCCAUUCCCCACACGGUGCCCCUUCGUCGUCUGAUCUUUCUCUAGCCCAGACCCAACCCCUCCUGCCUGAGCUGGAGGUAGUAACAGGAUCCACGCACCCUGUGGAGGCAGCGCUGGAGGAGGACUCCCUGGAAGAAGCGGCACCCCCGAUGCCCCAAGGCGAUGGCCCUGGGGCCCCUCAGGCCCUGGACAGCACUGACCUCGACGGCCCCACAGAAGCUGUGACACGCCAGCCUCAGGGGAACCCCUUGGGCUGCACCCCUCUAGUGGCGAAUGGCUCAGGCCACCCCUCGGAGCUGGGCAGCACCAGGCGGGCGGGGAAUGGUGCCCUGGGUGGCCCCAAGGCCCACCGGAAGUUGCAGACGCACCCGUCUCUCGCCAGCCAGGGCAGCAAGAAGGGCAAGAGCAGCACCAAAUCUGCUGCCUCCCAGAUCCCCCUCCAGGCGCAGGAAGACUGCUGCGUCCACUGCAUCCUGUCCUGCCUGUUCUGCGAGUUCCUGACGCUGUGCAACAUCGUCCUGGACUGCGCCACGUGCGGCUCCUGCAGCUCCGAGGACUCGUGCCUCUGCUGCUGCUGCUGUGGCUCCGGCGAGUGCGCCGACUGCGACCUGCCCUGCGACCUGGACUGCGGCAUCGUGGACGCCUGCUGCGAGUCCGCCGACUGCCUGGAGAUCUGCAUGGAGUGCUGCGGCCUCUGCUUC